AAGAUACGGGUUACGUGAGAAAAACAAAAGCUAAUAAAUCCAGAUACUCCGGCAUUUCUUCCACUCGCCUCUGUGAAUGUAUAAUAAAGCGAUAGACGAAUGUACGCAUCGUUACCACGCUAAGGGAUCGAACCAUGUUCCCACAGGCCACGAGGGACCCGGAGAUCACCUGCAUAUGACCAUUGACGUAGUUGGCAGGUCAAAGGCCGAAUGCCACCACGAAAGCAGGGUCAUUGCAAUGGCGUGUUCCCGUUGCUACCACCAGAACUGCCAAUCCCACAUAACGGACUGUACCUCCCCAGCACCCAAGCAUUCGAGAGGAAGAUCUGUAACUUAAUGAAGUUAGGUUAGGCCAGGCAAGUUUAUAUCAUACCUAACUUAUACUGUGAUGUAUAACAGUGGCAAUUGCGCGGAAUUGCUCGCAGUGAAGUGGAGUGUUAUAUAAGAGAAAUUGUACGGAAUCGCUUGCCGUCUACUAAUUGCCCCUGGUCGCCUCAUCUACCUAAGUAUAGUAGUAUAUCUUUGUUGUCCUCCCUCGACACAUUUAUUUUACUUUUUCUUUAUUUACCUACUCCGCAACAUCGGUUCCCUUCAGCUGCCGGUAUCAACUCUCGGCUCGCUGAUAGGCCACUGUUCGAUAUGGCAGCAAUGCAGCGUCUAGCCACCACUGCCGUCGUGCUACUUGCCGGGGCCUUGCCGGCACAGGCACUCUAUCAAAACGGCUCAACCUUUACACCAUGUGACUCGCCCGUGUACUGCACGGGAGAGCUUCUCAAGCAGGUCGAGUUGGCUCGGCCGUUUUCUGACUCGAAAACAUUUGUAGACCUGCCAACAAUCAAACCCUUAGAUGAAGUCUUGGCGGCUUUCGAAAAAUUAGAGAAACCUCUUAGCAAUAACACCGCAUUGCAGGAAUUUUUGUCAACAUACUUUGGAGAGGCCGGCUCAGAGCUCGAAGAGGUGCCCGUCGAUCAAUUAGAGACUGAUCCUAUUUUUCUAGAUAACAUCGAAGAUUCCGUAAUCAAGCAGUUUGUGGAAAAAGUCAUUGACAUUUGGCCUGACUUGACGAGGAAGUAUGUUGGUGCCGACAGUUGCGAUGACUGUGUAGAUAGUUAUAUUCCUAUAAAUCGCACCUUUGUCGUCGCUGGAGGUCGCUUCCGAGAACCCUAUUACUGGGAUUCUUUCUGGAUAUUGGAAGGCUUAUUACGAACGGGCGGUAGCUUUACUGAAAUAUCUCGAAACAUCAUUGAGAACUUUCUUGAUUUCGUUGACCAGUUUGGCUUUGUUCCCAACGGCGCACGAAUCUACUACUUGAAUCGAUCUCAGCCCCCGCUCUUGACGCAGAUGGUUAAGACAUAUGUUGAGUAUACGAACGACACAAGCAUCUUGCAUCGAGCCUUGCCGCUUCUCAUCAAGGAGCACAGCUUUUGGACCACGAAUCGGACUGUACAGUUCACAGUCGACGGUGAAACACAUUCUUUGGCACACUAUGCGGUCGUGAACACUGAGCCUCGACCCGAGUCAUAUCGUGAGGACUACGUCACUGCAAACAACAGAUCGUAUUACGCCCAGUCAGGUAUCAUCUACCCAGAGACGCACGCGCUUAACGAUUCUGAAAAGGCCGAUCUGUAUGCAAACCUGGCUUCGGGUGCCGAGUCGGGUUGGGAUUAUACCAGCCGUUGGAUUGCAAACCCGUCUGAUGCUGUGAACGACGUUUAUUUCCCAUUGCGAUCCCUCAACACGGUAAACGUCAUUGGUGUCGAUGUAAAUUCUAUCUUGUACGCCAACGAGAUAGCUAUCGCAAAUUACCUCAGAGAUGCCGGUGAUGAUACCACAGCCGAUGAAUUCGAGGAGCUAGCGAAGAACCGAUCCGCUUCCAUGUUUGAGUUGAUGUGGAAUGACAAGUACAGCAGCUAUUUCGACUUCAACUUGACAUCUAAUGCCCAGAAUGUGUAUACCAUUGCAGACGAGGAUACGACAGAUGAACAACGGGCGGAUGCGCCUGAUGGCUAUCAGAUCGCCUUUAGUCCUGCACAGUUCUACCCUUUCUGGCUUGGUGCCGCGCCUGUUCAGGUGAAGAACAACCCUCUCGCCGUCAGAAACGCCUACAAGCGCGUCGCGGCCCUUUUGUCCGACAAAGCUGGUGCUAUUGCUUCCACUAACCUCAAGACAGGCCAACAAUGGGAUGAGCCGAAUGUUUGGCCACCGCUGAUGUACGCAAUCAUGAAGGGCCUGCUCAACACACCAGCCACCUUCGGGAAAGAGGACCCGUAUUAUAUCGAGACGCAGGACUUAGCCCUUUCAUUAGCACAACGCUACCUCGACAGCACUUUCUGCACAUGGCGAUCAACGGGCGGUUCCACCGACGAGCUGCCUCGCCUCGGCGGAAUCGAGGACCCCGAAGCACAAGGCAUCAUGUUUGAGAAAUACUCGGACGCGUCGAUCAAUGUAGCCGGCAGUGGUGGUGAAUACGAAGUCGUCGAGGGAUUCGGGUGGUCCAACGGCGUGCUCAUAUGGGCCGUGGAUACCUUUGGUAAUAAGCUGAAACGCCCGGAUUGUGGCGAUCUGGAAGCGGCCGAUCUCGACACGAGGGAAAGCCAGAGGGCUGUUUACCUGUCUCGUAUCGACGCUCGGUGGACGAAGAAGUUUGGCAGGAGAGCUCAGUAGAAUGAAUAUGGUCAAAGCGUUAUAGAUGUAUCUGCUUCUCUAUAUGCUACAAACAACCUAGAUUAGAAUGCUGUUAAAUAAUCAUACCCUUUGUGGGCAAUAUCUAAUGGUU